ACACCCACAACCGUGUUAAGCUUGUCGAACGUAACUUGCUGGGAAACUUCUACUUCGCAUUCAAGCACACUUCCCCUAGGAACUCCUCAACGAUGAGCUCGAAGCCUAAAUCCAGCUCAAAAUCUAAACAACCUGCUGUGACCGUCAGCGCGAAAGAUGGCAGCUCGUCGCCGCUUGCUAUUCUUGCAAUCGCUGUGGCUGGAGGGAUAGGAUAUUUUGCAUGGAAGAGAUGGAAGCAAUGGAAAGCGGAGGAGGAGGCCGAGCGCAAAGAGGGACAGGCCGCGGCGCCCAAGUCCGGUAGCGGCGCCAAGGGCAGCAGCUUCACCUUUGACAAGGCGCAGGCCAGCACCAGCGGCAGGUCGGCACCUGCGAGCCAGCAGCGCCCGUCGCGGCAGCAGCAGAGCAAGCAGGAUAAGCCCAAGAGCCAGAAGCAGCUGCGCAAGGAAGCCAAGGACGCGAAGAAGAGCGCCAAGGCGCAGGCGGCCAAGGACGCGGAGAACGCGGCCGUGAACGCCGCCAUCGCCAAGCGCGCCAAGGAGCUGGGCAUGGGCGCAGAGGUGGCGGCGGCGGAGCGGGACGCGCCGCAGCGCUACACCACUGUGGACUACGAGGGCGUCGCCAAGGCCAUGGACCGGAUCACCGAGUGGCAGGCCACGGGCAAGAAGCGCUACAACUAGGCACACCGCCUUGUAAUUACGCCCACAUGGAUGCGGUUAUCGUACGAGGGAGCUGGGGAGCUGCUGCAUGUGGUGAAGGCUAGGUGAGCUGCAGGGCGUUUGGUGUGCAGCUGUGUGACUGCUUGACGUGUGGAGGUCCUGGUUGACGGUGCGUGUUCGACGAGUGGCGGCGGCGUGGCGGCGGCUGCGGAUAGGCUGUGGCGCGGCGACACGCCAGGCAUCGCUUGACGCAGUGUGGCAUAGACUGCAGAGGAGGUGCUAGAUGCAGCAGCUGACUGGUGCUGCUGGGCGAUUGCCCAACUAUGGAAUGGAGUAGGUGCAAUCCAUGGCUCGCUGCGGGUGACGCUGGGCGGGCGUAGCUGCUACUGCUGCUGCUGCUGCUGCUGCUGCUGGGCCCGGGCUCUGUGGGCUGGUCCGGGCUGGCUGUCAACGGAGUGUGGUCAUGGCGCAGCGAGUGGCCGAUGCGGUGGUGGCGUGUCGUGGCCGCCAGUGCGACAGCAUUGACGGGGCCACCCAAUGCAAACCAAGAACGCCUACUCAGUCACUGCGCGGCCUCAGGACCGGCGGCUGCGUAGGGCUGACUGCGGGGUCAUCCCUGAUGUCGCACGUCCUGACCAGACAUAAUGCUGUGCGUGGUCGCGAGUGUGAAGUUGAUUAGUCUUCCUGCGGAAGGGGAAGUGGUUAAGGCGGCGGGAGGGUGCCGGCGUAAGCGCAUCCGUGAUGAUCAUCGUUGGAAGUGAUGAUAGCACUGAUUGCUGCAGCAAGAUAGAUGCGGAACGGCAUAGACAGCGUUAUGAAUUUUAGGACUUGAUUCCAAGGCGGCGGGCAGCCAGCGCAUCACCUUGUUGUGGUUGUGGUAUGCGGCUGCCGCAGGGCCGGGGCCGUGCUGCGCCGCGAGCUGAGCCUGAAGGGGAGAAGGAUGCGGGAGACGCAGGCGGGGCAGUGCUGACCAAUGCCAUACAUUUCAUAGGACAAAGCGGUGGCCCGAAUGGUGGUCGAUGGCGGAUUGUGUGGGUACAGUGCCACACAGGAGCUUGAAGUUAUGCGGAGCUAGGUGCGGCCAUGCAUGUGCGCGUGAGGCAGCAGGCGCUAGCGGCGGCAAACAAGCCGCGGCCACUGCAUGCCACCGGUGGUGGGUGGUGGUGGAGCUACAGGCCU